AAACUCUCACACUAAAGGAUUUACAAAAGGUUUCAAAGGCCGCCAUGUAUCGCGCCAGAGUCCAGACAUCGCUCAUGCGACGUGUUUUUGCCCCGUGGAGGGGGCGUAAAUUCCGUGGUUUGGACUCAGAAGGGGGCGGAGCCCACUGACGAUUGAGCGAGCAGCUACCUUAACACGACAGCUUUAAUUCAGGUAAAAUAAGAAAUAAUCUUGUAAUAAGUCCAUGUAAAAGUUCAAAAAGCCGCUUUAAUUCAGGUUAACAUUUAAAGAAUCUUGUAAUAAGCCUAAAUACAAGUUCAUAAAGUAGUGUGAAAACAUUCAACAUGGCUGACACCUGAAAAGACGAGCGCGGCUGAUUGCUCCUCUCGCAUUGGCUGAGGCGGGUCACGUGACGAAGCUGACCACCCCCACCCCAAAGUGUCUUUUUAAAUGACACAAGACACAAGUUUUUAGUUACUAAAGUAAAAAAAAACAGACUUUCGAAACAAUGAGCUUCCCUGUUGUGGACUUCAGCGCUUUCGCCCUCGACGUGGAGGACAUUUGUCCCGCAGACUUGGACCGCCUGAGCAGGGACGUGAAAGAAGCUUUUACCCGAGUGGGCUUCGUCUUCCUGGACAACACCGGCGUCACGCAGGCGGAGGUGGAUGACCUCAUGGAAGCUUCCCGAAGGUUCUUCCUGCAGCCAGACCGCUUUAAGAAGACAUUCAUCAGGAAAAGCUUGCCCAACUGUCCCCUGCACGGCUGGAUCCCCAUGGAGACGGAAAGGGUGGAUCCAGGAACACCAGCAGCAGAUCUAAAAGAGUCGUUCAACAUGACUUCACUACAUCCUGACAUAAAAUGGCCCCCCUCUGAGGUUGUGGCGGGAUUCCAGGAGACCAUGACGGCCUUUUACCAGCGCUGCAAAGAGCUAAGCCUGCGGAUUUUGAAGGUGAUCGCCCACGGUCUGGACCUGGACCCCGACGUGUUCUUGAGCGCUCACCGCCUGAUUGGAAAUGAUGAGAACCCAACGACGCUCCGUUCCAUCUACUACCCUCCGGUCCACAGAGAAGUGGCCAAGGAGGGCCAGCUGAGAUGUGGCCAGCAUUCCGACUACGGGAGCAUUACCUUGUUGUUCCAGGAUUCUGAAGGUCUGCAGGUGCUGGAAGGUUCUGGUGAGUUCAUCACUGCUCCUUGCAUCCCCGGGGCCAUACUGGUCAACAUCGCUGACAUGAUGCAGCGUUGGACCAGCGACCAGUUUGUCUCUCUGGUCAGAAAUCUCACUUCUUUUUUUUUUUUAAUGCUCAUUUUGUGGAAAGUGAGCAUAUACAAAAUAUUUGUCUCGUUCGUGCUGCACUAGAAUGCUUCCUUCAGUGCACUUUAACAAGUGUACUUAGUUUCUGCGUGUGCAGAUGUUGCUAGCUAUGUACCGUAUUUUUCGGACUAUAAGUCGCAGUUUUUUUUCAUAGUUUGGCCAGGGGUGCGACUUAUACUCAGGAGCGACUUAUGUGUGAAAUUAUUAACACAUUACCGUAAAAUAUCAAAUAAUAUUAUUUAGCUCAUUCACGUAAGAGACUAGACGUAUAAGAUUUCAUCGGAUUUAGCAAUUAGGAGUGACAGAUUGUUUGGUAAACGUAUAGCAUGUUCUAUAUGUUAUAGUUAUUUGAAUGACUCUUACCAUAAUAUGUUACGUUAACAUACCAGGCACGUUCUCAGUUGGUUAUUUAUGCGUCAUAUAACGUACACUUAUUCAGCCGGUGCGGCUUGGCGCCUACGUCGCCGAGCGCGUGGGCUACAUGUACGCCCAGUAGCGCUAGCGCCGCCUGUGUUGGACGUCGCUGGACUGCUAAGUGAGGAUUUUGGUGAUGGUUCGUACGCACGUGUGAAAAGUUGCAGCCUCGUUCACUUUAUUGCCACGGGGAGACAUGACGUGGUGGAAUGUACAGGAAGUGCUAGUUGCACAAGACAUUGGUAUUAAAGUAGUCUUCAUUGCUGUGGUUGUCAUGACAACGGUAGCUAUAUUGAACUGUAUAAGAACAAUAAAAGCCAAACGAAAACUUUGUGGUAAAUAAAUCAAAAGGUGUGCAGUUUGGCGGCCGCUUUAAAAA